AUUUCUUUUUUUUUUUAACAGCAACGGACAGUUUGCUGGUUCGCUAGCACGAACAGUUUUGUUACUACUAUUUACUUUCCCGUUGAAUAAAGCUUAGCUAAUAAUAGUGGGCACAUAUUGCCCAAGUUUAGCGGAGCUGAUUAAACGCGUUGUUGGAGAGCUAGCGGGUUUUUAUAGAAGGUCUACGCUGUACCUGUUUUUUUCUCCUGAUCUAAGGCAGCUAACCAGCAAGCUUACAAGUUGAGUAGCAAGCGUCUAGCUAGCUAACUAUGCACAGUUUCUGAAGUCGAAAGGAGGGACAACGCCUGUUCCUAUGAAACCGUCUUUGUAGUAUAUACCUGUUUUAAUAACGUGUUACCCGGACUAUUUUUGAUAUUACCGUCUAAAUGGCAAUUUUAUUAUCGUGGGAACAUUUCGAAAAGUAGCUAUACUUCAGUGUAUUGCGCUGCUCCCUCCCAUGUGUUGUUGCCAACGCCUUUUUUCGUCUUUGCUGUGGUUUACUCAGGCUGGCAGGGAGCUAGCAGUAGCAAGAUAGCUUCUUUUGGCUAAUUGCAGUUUUCAUACCGGAGUAAUUGAUUUGCUAAAACACUGCUUCUUAGGUGUAGCGUACUAAUAGACUAGUUAGGUAAUUUAUUUCAAAAUGGGGUGUACACUGAGCGCCGAAGACAAAGCGGCAAUGGAAAGGAGUAAGAUGAUCGAUCGGAAUUUACGAGAAGACGGGGAAAAAGCUUCAAGGGAAGUCAAACUGCUUCUUCUAGGUGCUGGUGAAUCUGGAAAGAGCACAAUAGUAAAGCAGAUGAAAAUCAUCCACGAAGAUGGCUACUCAGAGGAAGAGUGCAAGCAGUACAAGGUGGUGGUGUACAGCAACACCAUCCAGUCCAUCAUCGCCAUCAUCCGGGCCAUGGGCAGGCUGCAGGUGGACUUCGGGGACGUGGCACGAGCGGACGACGCGCGACAGCUCUUCGUGCUGGCGGGCUCGGCGGAGGAAGGGGUCAUGACGGCGGAGCUGGCCGGGGUCAUCCGCCGCCUGUGGACCGACGGCGGCGUCCAGACCUGCUUCAUCAGAUCCAGAGAGUACCAGCUCAACGACUCCGCCUCAUAUUACCUCAACGACCUGGACAGGAUAUCCCAGCCGAGCUACAUCCCCACGCAGCAGGACGUCCUUCGCACCCGGGUCAAAACCACAGGCAUCGUGGAGACGCACUUCACCUUCAAAGAGCUCUACUUCAAGAUGUUUGACGUCGGGGGCCAGCGCUCGGAGAGGAAGAAGUGGAUCCACUGCUUCGAGGGCGUCACGGCCAUCAUCUUCUGCGUGGCCCUCAGCGACUACGACCUCGUCCUGGCGGAGGACGAAGAAAUGAACCGAAUGCACGAGAGCAUGAAGCUGUUCGACAGCAUCUGCAACAACAAGUGGUUCACGGAUACCUCCAUCAUCCUCUUCCUCAACAAAAAAGAUCUGUUUGAAGAUAAGAUCAAAAGGAGCCCGCUGACCAUCUGCUACCCAGAAUACGCCGGCUCAAACACGUACGAGGAGGCGGCGGCCUACAUCCAGUGCCAGUUUGAGGACCUGAACAGGCGGAAGGACACCAAGGAGAUCUACACGCACUUCACCUGCGCCACCGACACCAAGAACGUGCAGUUUGUCUUUGACGCCGUGACGGACGUCAUCAUCAAGAACAACCUGAAGGAGUGCGGCCUGUACUGAAGGCCUCCGCUCCUUCUCUUGCUGGUGCGUGCAGGUGCGUACAGGUCAGUGAAUCUGACCCACUUCUCACUCUUGCCCCGCCCCCUGCAGGUCACUCGUGACAGGGAGGCAUAACUAAUUGGAGGAGGACCAUUGUUACUGUCCGUGAGGAACAGCUACAGGUUUGAAAAGGAUGGACCAUUGUGAUGUCGUUGCCAUGACGCUUACAGGGGUUCUUGUGUUCUUCAGAGCCAAAUUGAGGAUAUUGGAUUGUUUGUAUUUUUCUUAAAAGGUCUUGUCAAAUGUGGAAAGCAUGGCGGGAGAGUACGGUGCAAAUAUGAUGGAAAAGCUCAAAUUCAGUGGGGUUGUGCUGUGACGCUCGUGCUUUCCUUUAUUGGACAUUAACCCACAUUUAAGCAGUUUGUUUUAAGCUGUCAGCAAAUAUGAAGAGAGAGAAAUGCCUGUAUGCCUAUCAGCAUUGAAGAAGCAUAUCUGUCUAUUUUCUCCACAACGACAUACGUUUGCUCUGUCUUUUUAAUUGUUUUAACUGUACUAUGCACAAUGACCAAACUUUCUGUAUUUUCUUUGUGUAAUUUUUUUUGGUUCAAAACACAAAGAUUUUAGACUGUUCAUGAAAGAGGGAGAUGGGUCUGUUAUUCCUCCAUGCAAGUAUUCCUUUUCCUUUGUAUUCCUUCAAAAAUGUCUUUUUCAUCUUGCUGUAAAUAGUCUUUUUUUCAGGAAUCAGCACUUAUUUAGCUUGUCACAGGCUCACAAAUCUUCUUAUUUUUAUUUUUUUGGCACAGUGAAUUGUGCUUCACCAUUUUACAUCCACCCAAUGGUUCUUUUACUGAAUUUCUAUAUCGGUUGCACUUUGAAAUUGAUAAAUAGAUGACCUGACAUUCCACGUUUAUUCUAAUCAUGUUGUGCUUUGCUGAAUUGUGAAACAGUGUGGUCUUUUAACCAAUUCACAGGUCCCCUAGAUUACACCACAUACGUCAGACCAAUUAGAUUAGAUGUAUCUAAAUUCUGUAGAUGGAAUCCUAAAGGAACUACUUUAUAUUAACUGAUAUUUUAUAUAUAUGGAGCUUGUCCACAUCAGCGAAAUUGAAUUCAAUUUUUGCCACAUGCCAUAGAUUAAUUGGAUGCAAAUAGUUUCUGAAAAUGUUGCAUUUAAAAUGAAAUCUCAGAUGUGAAACUUGGCCCAGUUUGCAUUGAAAAGAAAUUACAUUGGUAGUGUUGGUUCAGCAUUGUUGUGCCUUUUUAAAAGAGAAUUUUAUUGGACAGAACACUUACUUUUAUCUCUGUGAACAAUAGAAUUGGUGUUCGCAUUUUGACUUUUUUAAAAUUUAGUUUUAAGGGACUCAUGUUCAUAGUAGUUUUUUUGAGUCUGCUAAGCUGGUAGAAGAUCCAUUUUGUACCUUUAAAUACAUUUUUGAAAGAGCCAUUUGUAUUCAUGGACUGGUAGGAGGACUUGUGGUAUGCACCAUUCACUAGUAUUUAACAGAAAAAGUGUUUCCAAGUACCAAUUGUUAUUUACUGUAAUGACUUCCACCUCUCAGUACUUUCUUAUGUAUGAAUCUGGUGAUAUUUAUGGUUCUGUCGGUUUGAUUUUGUACAGAUUGUAUUGAUAUCUUGACCCUUAAAUGGUUGCGAUAAGCUUUUGUGCCGUUUCUUUUUAAAAUAAAAUUGGGUGAAGACA